GUCCAUUUAAAAAUAAGAAAAUUCUUUCGAAAUUAAAUGAAUUUUUUACUAUAAAAUGUGCAAAUUUUGAUUCACACAGAAUUAUUGUUUUUCUAAAACUAAAAAAAAAAAAAAUGACAGUCAAAUCUAAUAAAGGAGUAAUUCUUAAGGCAUAUCCAAAAGGAAUUCCUGAAGUUGACGAAAAUUUUGAAUUGACUCAUCGUACAAUUGAUAUUGAAUGUCUAAAUUUGAAAGAAAAUGAAUUUGUUUUAAGAAAUUUAUAUUUGUCUAUAGAUCCUUAUGUUCGUGUUACUUUACAUGACCCAGCAUUAAACUUUAUGAAACAUGGUAAAAUGAUAUCAACCGGUCAGGUUAUAUCUGGUUUAGGAGUAUCUGAGGUUGUAAAAACAAAUAAUCCUAAUUAUAAAGUUGGAGAUCUCGUUUAUGGACCUAUUGGUUGGGAAGAAUAUUCUCAUAUCAAAUCCGAUGAUGCUUCUGUCUUUUCUUUUAUGUUCGUAAAUAAAGAAUUGUUGAAAGAUACACCAUUAAGUUAUCAUGCUAGCUUUCUUAGAUUUGGUGGAUUGACAUCUUAUACAUCUCUUAUAGAUAUUGGAAAACCAAAAGAAGGAGAAACAAUUUAUGUUUCGACUGCUGCUGGCCUUACUGGGCAACUCGUAGGUCAAAUAGCUAAAAUUAAAGGAUUGAGAGUUGUUGGGUCCACCGGAUCUGAUGAGAAAGUUGACUUUCUUUUGAAUGAAUUAAAAUUUGAUGCUGCUUUUAAUUAUAAAAAGUUGAUCUUGACAAGUGGAAAAACUCUUGAAGUGGCUUUGGAACAUUGUAAUCGAUUUGCACGUGUUGUGGCUUGUGGUAUGAUAUCACAAUACAAUAUAAAAACUCCUGAAGAAGGAUAUGGGAUAAAAACCCUAGCCAAUAUUGUUGUUAAAAGCAUUGUUUUCCAAGGAUUUAUUGCAUUGGAUUAUAUUGGUAAAGAUAUUGAGAAAGAAUUUGAAAAAGAUAUUAUUGAAUGGGUUAAAAGUGGUAAAAUUAUUUAUAAAGAGACUGUGAUUGACGGAGUUGAAAAUAUAGCAAAAGCUUUUGUUGAUAUGUUGAAUGGUAAAAAUAUUGGUAAAUAUGUUAUAAAAAUAGCUGAUUAUUAGUAUAUGAA